CGACUUAACGACUCUACGAGCGUGAUCAGUGUUCAUGUUCACUGUUGAAGUGUUCAAUCAGUGAUACCCCCAAUGGCCCAAUCCCAUUUGUGUGCCUAAAUAACGACCAGAACAGUCUGGAAUAAGAACCCAGCAAGAGGAGAGAGAAAAACAUGGCCGCAACCUCAGCCAUGGAAACCGUUCCAGCGGUGGCGCUUCGGUCUGUUCUCCAACGGGUCAGCCAAGCUGCCGAGCGGUCCGGUCGCCGCCCCGACCAUGUGAAACUGGUCGCCGUCAGUAAAACCAAGCCUGUCUCUGUCCUCCGCGAGGUCUACGAUGCCGGCCACCGUUGCUUCGGCGAGAAUUACGUUCAGGAGAUAAUUGAAAAAGCUCCUCAGCUUCCGGAAGAUAUUGAGUGGCAUUUCAUUGGGAACUUGCAGAGCAACAAAGUUAAACCUCUUCUAACUGGUGUCCCAAAUCUUGCCAUGGUGGAGAGUGUGGAUGAUCAGAAGAUAGCCAAUCAUCUGGAUCGUGCAGUGGGUAAUCUUGGAAGAAAACCAUUAAAAGUUUUGGUCCAAGUGAAUACCAGUGGAGAAAUAUCAAAGUUUGGGGUUGAACCUUCAGAAUGUGUAGAUCUUGCAAAACACGUGUGCCUAAAUUGUCCCAACCUUGAGUUUUGUGGCUUAAUGACAAUCGGGAUGUUGGAUUAUACAUCAACUCCUGAAAACUUCAAGACAUUAGCAAACUGCAGAAAUGAGGUUUGCAAGAGUCUUGGGAUUAAAGAAGAACAAUGCGAGUUAUCUAUGGGCAUGUCUUCUGACUUUGAGCAAGCGAUUGAGAUGGGCAGCUCAGUUGUGAGAAUCGGAUCCACCAUAUUUGGGGCUAGAGAAUAUCCAAAGAAACAAUAAAAAUAGUAUCUUCUCUUCAAUUUAAUUAUCAAAAUUUUCAUUGUCAAGGGGUUUUAUGGGAUCAAUUGUUUCAAAACCCCUGGCUUUGCCAUGCCGCUAUGUUCAAGGUUCACCAAAUCAUGUGUUGUAUUCGUGGUUGAAAAACAUACCCUAUGCGCAUGUUUAGUAUUACAACACUUACACAUAUGAUUGAACCUUGACAUUGUAUUGUUGUUAAUAAUUAUGAAACAAACUAUAUUUACCUUGA